CUUCCUUUCUUUCAUUCAUAUCUCUCUCCUCUCUUCUUCGCCAUUAGAGGAGAAAAAUAUAAGUUAACUCAUCCAACAACUCCAGUUUUAUCUUCUUCGUAAAGGCAACAACGACGUUUACUGCAAGAUACUCCCUUUCAUUCUGCAUUCUUUCUUUUCCAAUCAAUUUCAUCCCCUAAAUUUGGUUUCUGAGCUGAGAUUGGCUUUCUGGGUUUUGCUGAUUGAAAUUGCUGUUGAGAUCUCAAGGUGCCUUUGCACUAGCUGGAAUUUUUCGAGGUUUUUGUCUGUUCGUGAGUAGAAGAAUUUGGAUGUUCGCCGACGCAAUGGUUUCGUUUCCGCCAUGAACACCAAGCGCGCCUACAAGCUCCAGGAAUUUGUGGCACAUUCCGCUGCUGUUAAUUGUCUUAAGAUUGGGAGGAAGUCCUCAAAGGUUCUCGUAACAGGCGGGGAAGAUCACAAGGUCAAUCUGUGGGCUAUUGGUAAGCCCAACGCCAUCCUGAGCUUGUAUGGGCACUCGAGUGGGGUUGAUUCAGUAACGUUUGAUGCUUCGGAAGGCUUACUAGCAGCAGGAGCUGCUAGUGGUACAACUAAACUUUGGGAUCUGGAGGAGGCAAAGGACACAAAUCUCAAGAUAUGGGAUAUAAGAAAGAAGGGCUGCAUCCAUACUUACAAGGGUCACACUCGAGGGGUCAAUGUACUCAGAUUCACUCAAGAUGGUCGUUGGACUGUAUCUGGAGGAAAAGAUUAUGUUGUCAAGGAUUUCAUCAAAAACCUCCUCUCUUCUGCAUCAGAGAAAAGUAUGGCUUCGGAUUCCAUACAGGUACCAGAUGAAGAGUUUCGAAGUAAACUAGGCAAUAUUAUACAACGCGUGCAGUAUCUCCCUGGUAUACAAAAUGUGACUCGGUUAUCUAAAGAGUUCACCGAACUUUCAGCUUUCCAUCAGCCUAAGGACUUCUUUUUUGUGCAAAUCAUGCUCGUGAAAAAUUCUCAGAGUGCUAUUUUUGAGCCCAUUUUUCAUGAUAGUUACUUUGAUUUCCUUGAGAAAGUUAAUUCUCCUUCAUUGUACACCGAGACUGUAAAAACUACUUGUCUGAUUUGUAAGGCUAUCUUGGAACCUGAGAUUCAGUUGCAUCCUAUGGUCAACCAACAAGUUUUAUCACAUGUUACAAAAAACCUAGGCAAGUGGCUUGGUAAGUUGAUCGUCCGCACUGACUGUUGGUCUUUGUUGAAGACUGAUCUAGCUUUGGAGCCCUUCAUAGUUACGGCCUACGAGCGGGGUUUAAUGUCUAAGAGCAUCCCAUUUGUAAUCGAGGUUUUGGAGUCUUGCAGAAGAAGUCCUUUGUGUCCAUCUUUUGAGACGAUUCUCAGCCUGUUGUCUGAGAUUUACAUGAUGCCAAACUUGCAAGAUGGUCUUCUCUUUAGCAUUGAGGGCCUGUUGGAGAAGUUUAAUGUUCUGGAACCACUAAAGCCAGCUUCCACACUUCAAGAGAAGCACAGACAAAUGAAUCUCAAUGUUGAUUUUGAAGAACGUAAAAUCAUUGUAAAACCGCUUAAAUUCGGGAAAUAUGAUGACAGAGCACCUCGUGACAGUCACCUCAUUGCUUCCAGAAUACAAUUCUCUACUGAGGAGUUCCUUGUUACUAUCAAGAAACCAGAUUCUUUUUUUGGAAUUUACCCAGGGCUUGUUAGGAAAAUGGAAGAUGCUGUGUUGGAGGUUGUGGAAAAAGCUGGACCUCUGCUUAUCAAACUUGCUGCAACUGUUGGAUGCGAGGCCGCAGAGGCAGGUGCUAUAAUUGCUGAUCAACAUCGUAGAAUGGAUGGAAGUGUCACUAGGAUAUCCUUUUUGAUGGGUGGGAACGCCGGAAGUGUCCCGGUGUCUGUGCGUUUGGCUGAAAAGUAUAUCCGACAAAUGAGCAAGAAAUUUCUUGGCGGCUGGAUGUCAUAUCUUGUUCGGGAUUUACUUCAGCAACAAGGUGUUCCACAUGCUCUUCAACCUGCAAUAGUUGAAAGUGUGAUUGAUGACAACCUUGAAGGCAUUCAUAAGAAACUUGGAGCCUGUGCUAAGACGGAGGCACAUGGGUACUCUAGGAGGCAGCCUGUCAUAUGGACACCAACUGAAAACCAAAUUUUUGUGAAGGAAAUAGGCAAUGCCUUGGAGAAAGAUUUUGAUGUUGAUGCUAUGAGCAACUUGCUGAAAUCUUGGAGAGAGUCUAAAGAUAAACUGGCUGCAUUAUGCACGGUCAUAUGCAACCAAUUUAUUUUCCAGAAAGAUCCCCCAAGUGUUUUUAUGUAUACAAAGAAGAUGGCGUACCUAGAUCCUCUCGUGAAAGGAAGAAAUGGAGGAAUGCUUGAUCUGCUGCAUGCGUUGGAGAAAUUCCUGAAAACACACCCUCAACCGAGGGGGCUGGAAGAUUUGUUGCUUGAUGGUUUCAUUACAACAGGGUAUUUAAGCGAGAAGGCGAUUCUGGAAUGGUAUGAAGAAGGUAGCAAAAGGGAUGGAAAUAAUGCUCGACUGUUUGAGUCUGUCAGACAUCUUGUACCUGAAGAGCCAGAUUAUGAUAUCUGGGCCGAAGAGUCAGAUUUUGAUUUCGUGGCUGAAGAGCCAAAUUUCGUUGACAUGAUUUGAGUAUGGAAGUAAGUGUGCAAUCGAUAUUAUAUUGUUGUCAUGAAUACUCAGAACACUACUUGUUUGACGUAUUCCUAGAGUAUCAAUUAUGCUUUUUUGCAAACUUUUAGAGAUACUAGAUUUUAAACCCACAGUACGCGUGUGUUUGUUCUAUAUAUUUUGAUAAAAUAUAACGAUUAAUGAUA